CCCCUCACCCCCCCCACCAUGGACUGUUCUCCCUGCUGCCCUCUGGGAAGAGGCUUCACACAGUUACCUCUUUAAAGCAUCAAUUUUGUUAAUUAUAAGAAAAAGAUGAAAAUGUCUCAAAGGUUUUGCAGAGAAACUUCAACACAAUCUAAACUUCAUUUUGGAACAGGAAAAACAUCUCUGUUCUUUGCUUCAGUUUCUCUGUUAUGUCAGAAAAAUUGAAGCUUUCUGAAAUAUUUUCAACAUUUAAAAACAGACUGCAGCUUUAACCUUGCUCUCCUGUUCUUCAUUCCUUCAGGUCUUUAACAGCAUCAUGUCUGUUAUUACAGGGAAGGUGGUUCCUGAUCAUCUGACUGAGGAGAGGAGCUCUGUUCCAGAUCUAAACACUUUAGACGCUGAUGAAUUAAAAGAGGAACUGGAUCCUGUGCAGAUUAAAGAGGAACAAAAUAAAACGAAACCAAAGCAGAUGACUGAGAGAAAAGAAGAACUAGAAACUCAACCAGGUAACAAGGAAGAAUUUGAAGAUUGUAGGUUUUACAAUGAAAGACUGGUCUUAGUGAAGCAAGAGACCAGCACCUUUAUGGAAAGUCCUUCUGAUAAAGAAGUAUUCCUAAAUGGACCAGAAUUACAACUGAUGGUGGAGACAAAGGAAGAACCGGAAGCUUGGCAAGUUAAAGAACCGGAAGCUUGGCAAGUUAAAGAACAACUUGAAAUCUUUCAGGAUGAAGGGCUGGUUUUAGUGAAGGAGGAGUCUACUUACUUCACUCCUGUCAAUCAGAAGGACUCCAAUAAACCAGAAACUAUUGAGAGACAUUUGCUCAGUUCAACCCUCACUGAAGCUGAGAAGCAACAUCAGCAAGACUGCAGACCAAAUGUAGAAAAAGAGCUGAAGCCAAAGGAAAAAGGCAAAAGAAACCCAAAACAAAGACACUAUAUGAAAAACUCAAAAGAAAUGAUACAUAAAGAGAAGUUACAUUUAGAUGACAAAUAUUUCACUACUCAGCAAAAGUUAAAUGUACAGAUGAGAAUUCCUAAGGGGGAGAAGCCUUUCUCCUGUCUUACCUGUGGAAAAGGUUUUCCUAAGCAACAUGUCCUGACUGUGCACAUGAGAACUCACACAGGGGAGAAACCCUAUUCUUGUGAGUUGUGUGAGAAAGCAUUUCGAGACCAUAAAAAUUUAAUUUUUCACCUGAGAACUCACACUGGUGAGAAGCCUUUCUCCUGCCUGAUCUGUGGAAAAGGUUUCACUUCGAAACUAGCUCUUAAGGCACACAUGAGAACUCAUACAGGAGAGAAGCCUUUCUCUUGUGACACCUGUGGGAAAAAGUUCUCUAAACCACAGCAUUUGACAAUGCACAAAAGAACUCACACAGGUGAGAGGCCUUUCCCCUGUCUGACCUGUGGAAAAGAUUUCUUUCGGAAACCCUCUCUGACUGCACACCUAAGAACUCACACAGGAGAGAAGCCAUUCACUUGUCUGACAUGUGGAAAAAGUUUUACUCGGAAACAUGCUGUGACUGCGCACAUGAGAACUCACACAGAUAACAAACCCUAUCGUUGUGAGUUGUGUGAGAAAUGUUUUCGAGACCAUAGAAAUUUGAUUUGUCACCUGAGAACUCAUACUGGUGAGAAGCCUUUCUCCUGUCAGACCUGUGGAAAAGCUUUCACAAGGAAACCUGAUCUGAGCGCACACAUGAGAACCCACGCUACUAAGAAGCCAUAUCCUUGCGAGUUGUGUGAAAAAUCCUAUCGGGAUCGCAGCAACUUGAUUUACCAUAUGAGAACUCACACAGGGGAAAAGCCUUUCUUAUGUCAUACUUGUGGAAAAGCUUUCUCCACACAACCCACAUUGACUGCACAUAUAAGAACCCACACAGGUGAGAAGCCAUUUGCUUGCAAACUUUGUAAUAAAUCUUUUGUUAACAGUGGUACUUUGGUUUGCCACAUGAGGACUCACACAGGGGAGAAGCCUUUCUCCUGUCAGACCUGUAGAAAAACCUUCUUUAGUAAACCUGCCCUCACUGCACACAUCAGUACUCACACAGGUCAGAAACCCUUUCCCUGUGAGUUGUGUGAAAAAUCUUUUCAGAACCGCAGUUAUUUGGUUUGUCAUGUUAGAACUCACACAGGGGGAAAGCCUUUCUCAUGUCAGAUCUGUAGAAAAGGUUUCUCUAAGCAACCUACCCUGAAUGCACACAUAAGAACCCACACAGGUGAGAGGCCCUUUACUUGUGAUUUGUGUGAGAAAUCUUUUCGAGACCGUAGUAAUUUGAUUUGCCACCUGAGAACUCACACAGGUGAGAAGCCUUUCUCCUGUCUUACCUGUGGAAAAGGUUUCCUGAGGAAACCUGCCCUGACACUACACGAGAACUCACACAGAUAAGAGGUGUGUUUGGAAAAUUUAGAUUUCUCUUAUUUAAUAUAUUGAUUUAUGCUUUUUACUUGCUAUAAAAAGUUUUUCGCUUAGUCUGUUUCACCUGCAAAGCGAGUGAGGGUUGUUUGUAGACAAAACAUACUUAUUUCCAUAACAAGCCAGAUUCUUAAGGUUUAUUCAUAACAUGUUACUGUUUAACCAAAGUGUCUGUAAUUUGUUUUGACUCUGACUACUUUCCUUUAUUGUAAGUAAGGAGGAACAAACGCUGCUCAUGCAGAACAGGACUGAUUACCUUGCAAAAAGGGACGUAUGAUGAACUGUUCUCUCUUUGCAAAGACAAAAUACAAUGCCAACUGAGUCAAAUCCAUCGAUCUCCAUUUUUUAAACUGGAGUUAAUAGUU